GUUGGUUUCUGUGGAUUGGAAUGCUACCGUAGCACUGUUGUAGUUAUUGUUUCCCUUUGUAAUGUCGAGCUUCCACCGUCAUGGCAAAUUUUGGAGAAGUCAAAUCAAGCUUUGCCCUCAACUAUUAAUAGCAACUUCUUUGGACCAAAUAUCGAUCUGCCGUUAGUUGAAAAGCCUAAGCAUGCGGACUGGUACGCGGCAGCACGAAACAUACUUUUCAGAGAAGCGUAUAAUACCAGCCAUGUUACUCGUCCGGACGUUGCUGAAAAAACCUUUAUUAUUAAAGUAUCUGAGAAUCGACGACUAACACCCGAAACCUACAACCGAUAUUUGUUCCACAUUGAAUUCGACACCACGGGGACAGACUUGAAAUAUGACUUGGGUGAGGCUCUCGGUGUAUACGGUCAUAAUGAUCCCAAAGAAGUCAAUCAAUUCUUGAAGUAUUACAACUUGAAUCCAAAUGGUCUAAUUUCAAUUCCCAAUAAAGAAGGUGAUCGAUACGAAACAAGAACCAUAUUACAAAUUUUCUCUCAGGCUCUUGAUAUAUUCGGUCGACCAGCGAAACGCUUUUACGAGUCUUUAGCACUUUAUGCCACGAAUGAGAAUGAAAGAAACCGACUUUUAUGGAUAGCCAGUAAGGAAGGUGCAGAAGAAUUUAAACGUCGUCUUGCUGAUACAAUUACAUAUGCCGAUUUGCUUUUUGAAUUUACUUCCGCGAAACCACCCGUGGAAGAUCUUGUACAAAUGAUUGCACCCAUUAAGCCGCGUCAUUAUUCGAUUGCUUCCGCACAAAGUAUUCAUCCUAACAGUGUGCAUCUGUUGGUGGUAACAGUUGACUGGGUUAACUCUUCUGGUAAAAAACGAUUCGGUCAAUGCACACGUUAUUUGUCUAAUCUCAAAGUCGGCGAACGCAUUACCGUUUCCAUUAAACCAUCGGUUAUGAAACUUCCUCCACGGGACACACAACCAGUUAUAAUGGCAGGUCUUGGAACCGGGAUGGCACCUUUCCGUGCAUUUAUUGAAGAGCGCGCUUAUCGCAAAUCACAAGGAAUAGAGGUUGGACCAAUGAUUCUCUAUUUUGGCUCUCGUAACAAGGCCAUGGAGUACCUUUACGGUGAGGAACUUGAGGCUUAUCAUUCCGAAGGACUACUCACGCAUCUUCAAUUGGCGUUUUCUCGUGAUCAACCACACAAAGUCUACAUUCAGCAUAAGAUGAAUGAAGAUGCUAAACUGUUGCAUGAGUAUCUAUUAAAAGAAGAAGGAUGGUUUUAUCUGUGUGGUCCCACGUGGCCAGUGCCAGACGUCAAGGAUGCCAUCGUUAAUAGUUUUAUGACAGCCGGAGGUUUAUCAGAAAAUGAGGCGAUAGAUUAUGUUAACAAGCUAAAGGAUCUGGAGAGAUAUAUUUUGGAAGUUUAUUAA